CCAUAUUAGGAGAAGUGAGUGAUCACGUUGAUGAAGCUCUAAUGCCUCAUCAUAGUCUAUCUGUCUUCCGUUUCUAUUCUCUUCUCAUCUCACUCUCUUUCCCCAUCCAGCUCACUCUCUUCCGUUUUCUUCCCUAUAAAAUUAACUCCUUACCUUCCUCCAAUUUCUCUUAAUCAAACUUAACGUGCACUCAACCACAACAUUCACAUUCAUCACAACUCACCUCACCCAGCUAGCUAGCUUCAUAAGGUUAAUUAGAUUUUUUUCGUGGAAACAAAGAUCUCAAUACUUGUGAUAUCAUGACGAUGAUGAGCAACAACAACAACAACAACAACGUUGGAGAAUUUGGAGACACCACUCUGACUAAGGUUUUUGUUGGGGGCUUAGCUUGGGAGACUCCGAAGGAUGCCCUCAAAGACCACUUUGAGAAGUAUGGUGAGAUCCUUGAAGCUGUCAUCAUUUCCGAUAAGCACACUGCCAAAUCCAAAGGCUAUGGCUUUGUGACUUUCAAGGAGGCUGAGGCUGCCAAGAAGGCUUGUGAGGAUUCAGCAACUCUCGUUAUCAAUGGCCGUCGAGCAAAUUGCAAUCUUGCUUGCCUAGGUGCUCGUCGCCCAAGGUCUUCUUCCAAUGUUUCACCACCUCCACAACCACAAGGAGGAUCAAACGGUGGAGUAGUGAAGAACAAUGCAUCAAGCCCACCAGUCAUCAAUCACGUGCAGCCAUAUUAUUAUCCAGUGAGGACAACUGCUGCUCUGCCAUUCCAUAAUCACACUCUUCCUUUCUAUGGGUAUGCGCCUACCUACAUUGUGACGGACGUAAACUACAAUUACAAUCAGAAACUGUGCUACGGUAGCGGUGGGACCUACAUGAAUGGGCAGCAUGUGUACCCGAGGCAGGCUAUUGUGGGUGCCAACACACUGAUGCCAAUGUACCCUCUUUAUCAGUAUCAUCAUCCAACGGAGACCAUAGGUGUACCAGCUCCAAACUUUUAUCCAACGGCAUCAUGGGCCCCAAUGACCAUCAUGUCCAAGCCAUCGUCUAUCGUUCCUCAUACAGGUACAGUUGGCACAGGUGAGUGCUUUAAAAGGGUUGUCUGAGAGGAGCUUGGUUGGCUAAAUAACAGCAGAGGGAGGGAAAAUGGUGGUGGUGGCCGCACAGAGCAACAUUAUUAUCUGAUCUGUCUUGGCUUUACUUUCCUUUUUUUUUGUUGUUGUCUUUAAAUAUUGUUUCAUUUUUAGUUGUUAAUCGUAGGCAUUUUGUUGUUGAUGAGAUUCUUUCAUUCUCUUUUUCUGUCUAACAUCUCAGCAUGUGCUGUGCACAGUUACAUUCAGUUGAAAUUAUCGAUUUGUUCUCCGGUGUUGUAAAGAAAAA